CGAAUGUUAGUUGAGAUUGCGAAGUGUAAAGUUGAGCGCCCAUUCCUUGCCCUGUCCGGCUGUCGUCCCGAUGGAACCGAUGGCGCCAGGCGAGAGGCUGCCGUCUACGGUAGAGCCGCAGUCAUGGCUCGGGCAGUUCAACACGGCCGUCUCCGAUUCGUGGGUCGGACGGCACUUCAAGCUGCGCGAGCGCGGCACCAGCUUCACCACCGAGCUACGAGCCGGCACCGCUACAUUCCUUACCAUGGCCUACAUCCUCGCCGUCAAUGCCUCCAUCCUCGCCGACUCCGGUGCCACCUGCACCGUCGACGAUUGCCUCCGACCCUCCCCCUCCUGCCGCCUCCCGCCAGUCGAUGCCGGAUAUGCCGCCUGCGUGGACUGCGCUCGCCGUGACCUCAUAGUCGCCACCGCAGCCGCUUCCACCAUCGGGUCCUUCAUCAUGGGCGCCUUCGCCAAUCUUCCCCUGGCGUUAGCCCCCGGCAUGGGAGCCAACGCCUACUUCGCCUAUACCGUCGUCGGUUUCCACGGCUCCGGCAACCUCCCCUACCGCACUGCCUUAGCUGCCGUCUUCCUCGAGGGCCUUCUCUUCCUUACCAUAUCUGCCCUGGGAUUCCGAGCCCGGCUCGCCAAGCUCGUGCCCAACCCCGUGCGCGUCUCCACCUCCGCCGGCAUCGGUCUCUUCCUCGCCUUCAUUGGGCUGCAGGGCAACCAGGGCGUGGGCCUCGUCGGUUAUAGCUCCUCCACCCUCGUCACCCUGGCAGCCUGUCCCCCUAACUACCGUGCGAAUCUCGCCCCCGUCGAGACCUUCUCCAACGGUUCUGUCUCUCUCAUCCCCGGAGGCACGGUCUCAGGCAGCGUGCUCUGCCUGCACGGUCGAAUGGAGUCGCCGACCUUCUGGCUCGGUGUCGCCGGGUUUUUCAUAAUCUCAGUCUGCCUCAUCAAACAAAUCAAAGGAGCCAUGAUUUACGGCAUCGUGUUCGUCACCGCUGUCUCCUGGUUCCGCCGCACCUCCGUCACCGCCUUCCCAAACACUCCAGUCGGCGAUGCGGCAUACCGCUACUUCAAGCAGGUGGUCGAUGUGCACCGCAUCGAGUCCACAGCGGUGGCGCUCAGAUUCCGCGGCGUCGGCACCGCGCGCUUCUGGGAGGCUCUCCUGACCUUCCUCUACGUGGACGUGCUGGACACGACUGGGACGCUCUACUCCAUGGCGCGGUUCGCCGGCCGCGUGGACGACGCAAGCGGCGACUUCGAGGGGCAGUAUUUCGCGUUUAUGUCGGACGCAUUCGCCAUCGUGGUGGGGGCGCUGCUGGGAACGUCGCCGGUGACGGCGUUCAUCGAGUCGUCGACGGGGAUAAAGGAAGGGGGAAGGACGGGGAUGACGGCCCUGACGGUGGCGGGCUACUUCGUGCUGUCGUUCUUCUUGACGCCGCUUCUGGCGUCGAUUCCGGCUUGGGCGGUGGGGCCGCCGCUGGUGCUGGUGGGCGUGCUGAUGAUGAAGACGGUGGUGGAGGUGGAAUGGGAGAACAUGAGGGAAGCCAUCCCCGCCUUCGUCACCAUCAUUUUGAUGCCCCUCACCUAUUCAAUUGCGUACGGCCUCAUCGGUGGCAUUGCCACCUACAUCGUCCUCCGCCUCUGUGACUGCAUCUGCUCUGUACUCGUCAAGAGCUUCCAUCUUCUCCACAAUAGCUCUGCUUUAUUACCUUAUUCAAUCAAUGUGGAUGCUAAGCAGCAGAUUGAGCUUAAUGAUCAAGAACCAGUAUAACACACUUAAUUAACUUUUAACGUCCAGAAGCCAUAUCAAAAAACAGAACCCAAGUUACAAAUGUUUGGAUUUUUCUCUAUUUUCUUUGUUUUAUUGUUGCUGUAGUACCUAGUGAUGAAUGCUGCUUCUGUUGUACUUUAGCUUUGUUCUAUUAUUUUGUUUCUGGUGAAGGGAAAUUGUUGGCACUAGCUUUAACCUUUAG